AUGAACACAGCCCUCAGGACUUCAUAUCAUUUUUUGAAGAGUCCCGUGUGGGUGAACAAGUACGGCGGGGUGCCUCAACGGACUCUCAUGACAAUCGAGAGUGUCCAGUACACUGCACAUGCUACUGCUUCAGGCAAGGGACGAGACGGGCAAGUCACAUCUGACGAUGACGACGGCAUUCAAUUGCGCCUCGCCAAGCCAAAAUCUCUCGGUGGUAAGGGCGAUGGCCAAAAUCCCGAGCAGCUGUUCGCCAUGGGAUAUGCAGCCUGCUUUCUGACUUCGCUCCAGCUCGCGGCGGGAAAAAUGAAUAAGUCUGACGCAGUCCGGGGCGCAAAGGUACAUACCGAGGUGCAUAUCGGAAAUGCGAAGGAAGUCGAGGGGUAUGGCCUUUCUGUUAAUAUCAAGGUCGAGGGCGUUCAUGACCAGGAUCUCAUCGAUGCUGGACAUCAGACGUGUCCUUACAGCCGUGCACUGGAGCACGGAGCCGUGGUGAACGUGUCUAAAUUGUAG